AUGUUUGUAAUUAUUGUCGUCCUCUCGAAGCAAGACGGUUAUCGUCAUCGUGAACCAAAAUAUGAAAUAGAGCCAAGGAUGAGUCAGAGUUUGAUCUGCGAGCGUAGAUCGCAGUCUCCUGUAGAUGUGAGCUUGGCCUUGAGCGAAGAUUCUACUAUAACAAUAACCGAAAUUAAUGGAAGAUCAUUCAACGCUAAAGCUAUCAAUACAACCCCCGUUAUGUUGCGCAGGCGGAGCCAAUUGAAUCGACCCCGAAAUUAUCGAAUUCUGGAUCCACAGGAAACACGCAUGGUUUUCCAGCAGCAAAGUCGCGAGCUUGAUGACAAAAAGAACCUGAUUUUGCGAAGGAGAAGCGCAAAAAAAUCAGUGGAAUUGCCGCCGCCAAUGAUAAUCACGCCACCUAUUCUCCAGCCGGCACCUACUCUUCAAUCCUCAGAAUGUUGUUCGGUGUGUCACAAAUUGAAAAGGGUUUCCAACCGAACACAAUCAUAUCCAUUAGAGUUUACAAUGACUGCAACCAGCACUAAUGAUGGGGAAACUGCACGUCUCUCAUUUGUUUCUUCUUCAACAGGCUACAGUAGUGCCAGAUCGUCCCUAAGAAGUUCAGAUGGAGGAGAUGAAGCUAAUAAUAACGGGCUGAGCAAUAGAGAUAGCGCAAUCAGCAACACAUUUUCGCUAGUAUCUCAGAGCAGUGCCAGAAGAUCAGCCCUAUUAUCAAAAGGCUCUUUAACACAGCUGGAUCGUAUUGCCAUAGAAUUAGUGGAUACAGAGAGAUCUUAUGUUGAAGAUCUUAAUUCCGUAAUAAAAGGAUACAUGGAUUAUUUGGUAGAAGAAAGAGAAAAGCUUAAAAUGACUCUUGAUGCAAUUUCCUCUUUAUUUGGAUGUAUCGAACGCAUUUUUGCGUUUAAUUUGCAAUUAUUCGUUCAAUUGGAUUCGAUGGAUUUAGAUUGCAUCAAGAUUUGCCGGUGUUUUGUCGAAAAUUCCAAUAAGUUUUCUGAUUAUAUUUCAUAUUGCACUAAUUAUCAUAAAAUGAUGUCUACAUUAUGUACCUUGCAACAACAACCAAAUAUUUCAAAAGCACUGGCUGAUCGUCAGCAUUUUCUUGGUCAUUCACUUCCAUUGUCAGCCUAUCUAUUAAAACCAGUUCAACGAAUUCUUAAAUAUCAUUUGUUUAUAGAAAAUAUUCUCAAAAACCUUCCCAGUGACACUAGCAAUGAUGAAAUUUCAAUUGUAAAAAAAGCUUAUGACGUUAUGACGUCACAGGCUGCUAGGAUUAACGAUGAGAAAAAGAAGGCGGAGCACACAGAACGUGUUGGCCAACUUCAAGCGACUUUGCAGAAAUGGAAAGCUGAUGAGAUCCAAAUCACAAAUUUAUCUGCUUACGGCGACCUUCUUCUUGAGGCAAACUUUCGUCAAGCGGGAUCAAAAACCUCGAGACUUCUUUUUCUGUUCGAGGAAAUGCUUUUGAUUGUAAAACAGAGAGGAUCAAAUUACGUUUGCAAAGAUUAUAUUAUGUGUUCCAAUUUGAUGCUAAAUGAAUGGAUUUGUCGCGAGGAACCUCUAGCAUUUCAAGUUUUGUCCUUCGACAAUCCAAGAGCUCAAUAUGUGUUUCUGGCUCAAUCAAUGGAUCAAAAGCGUGUUUGGAUGCAAGAACUCAAACGAAUGAUGUUAGAUCAUUAUUCGAUUGAGAUUCCGGAGAAAACAAAGCAAUUAAUGUUGAGUAUUGAUAAUACUCGAGUAAUUCCAUUCGGUCGUCCUGAAUUCGCAGAAGUCUCGAUGAAAAAUCACAAGAAAGUCCCAAAGUACUUGGAGAAACGUCGAAAAAGCAUUGAUAACAGAGAAGAGAGCACACGAAGAAGAAGCUUAUCGGCUUCGCGGCUGCUUGGAGGGAGCAAAAUAUCAAUUUAUGACCAAAGUUCACAAAUUCACGACAAGAAAUGCACGUGCCACGUGAACGGAGGCAUUUUCAAUGGGCAUCCGAGUACUUCUAGAUCAGCGAUUCAUUCAACGCUAACACUUCAAUCUCAAACACCAACCGGAGUAUUAUACUACCGCACUCCAGUUUGCCGCACACAGUCCGCAGCAACUAUUAAUUUAUCCCAGGUAAACAUAAUCGAACCAACAAUUUCCGAAGUGCCUUCAAAUGCUGCUGUGAUGUCAUCAAGAAGCAGAUAUCAGCAGGCGAGGAAUAAAAGAUUACCUCCAAGACAUAACCAAGAUUCACGAUCAUCAUCAGACCGACGGCUUGGGGAAGAGGAAAUCGACAAAAAAUUCGACCAACUUUAUGAAGAGCUUGUUUCAUUCGGGGAUCAGAAGCCACCUACUCAGCUUCGAAUCAAGUCAGAAGCUCCAUCGGAUACCGUAGUCAUAAUUGCAGUAGCACCGGAAACGGUUAGCCUUGACGUUCCAGAGAGUAAUCCCAGAGCAAGAUCAAAAUCUCUAACAAGACUCGAUGAAUAUGAAACCGAGUCGCCAUAUUUAAAACCGACGAUUGAAAGAAGAUACUCAAAAUUGGACCAAUUAAAAAGAAAAUCUAGGAAAUAUUUGCUCAAUCAUGAGCCAGAGGCAGCUGAUGUGCUGCGGCCGUCCGCUGGCCGGUUAUCAGUAACCGAUCAUGAGAUGAUAAUUCACGUAGAGGAGCCAUACAGUAGAAAUUCGUGCCGUCAACGAACUCCCUUAACUGCUCAACAAGCUGCGGAACUCGAUAAUUAUUUACCAAAUGAUGCCAAUGACGUAAAGUCGAUACUAAAACGAAAAUGA